UUCUCACUUAUUUUAUUUCUUCUAUAUAAAAACCCUAAUCUUUUCUUCUCUCACUUUCAUUGCCUUCCCCCAAAUUCCGAUCCCUUUCUCUGCAAUAACAAAGCUUCAUCUAUGGCCAGCGCCGAUUCCGAACGUAGAGACACUGAGGAGGCUCCUGCCGGCGAGGAUGAAGACACUGGAGCUCAAGUCGCCCCGAUCGUCAAGUUGGAGGAGGUCGUCGUUACCACCGGUGAAGAAAAUGAGGACGCUGUUCUCGAUCUGAAGGCAAAACUGUACCGAUUCGAUAAAGAUGGAAAUCAAUGGAAGGAGAGGGGUGCUGGUACUGUUAAGUUUUUGAAACAUAAGGAGACUGGCAAGGUUCGCCUUGUUAUGAGACAGUCUAAGACGCUUAAGAUCUGCGCUAAUCAUCUUGUGCUUCCGUCUAUGACGGUUCAGGAACACGCUGGAAAUGAUAAGUCGUGCGUGUGGCAUGCGACUGACUUUGCUGAUGGAGAAUUGAAAGAUGAGCUUUUCUGUAUCAGAUUCCCAUCUAUUGAGAACUGCAAAUCUUUCAUGGAAACGUUCCAAGAAAUUGCCGAGUCCCAACAGAAGAAAGAGGAAAAUAAAGAUGCAUCUGCUGCUGCUGGAUUACUCGAGAAAUUGAGUGUUGAAGAAAAGAAAGGUGAAGAUAAAGCUGGGGAGACACCUUCGAAAACUAAGGAGGAGGAUGUGGCAGAAAAAUCAGAUGCAGAGAAGAAGAAUGAUGAGUAGCCUGCUGAGGGGGAGGAGGAGGAUAUAUCAGAGAUUUUGAUGAAGAAGUUGACCUCUCUUCCAUCCAUGUCUGUCUUGGUACAUUUAAACAUAAUAGUCAGUCAGUUCUUGGUUGGAUUUCUUUCUGGGGUGGGGGAGAGAGUGGGAGUCGUCGUCUGUCUAAAUUGUACUUUGGUUGGUUGGAGUCCCUUUCCAUUUCUUCUUUUCCUUUUAAAAAAAAUGAGAUUUCGAGUCACUGUCAAUGUCGAAUGGAGUGGGUAGUGUGGUGAAAGGAGUUCUAGAAUUCAUUCAGGGAUAGUAUGGAGUCUGUGUGCAGGAGGACCUGAGCUGAAGAUGCUGCAAAAGAGGUUAGAAGUCAAACAAGAGUGAGUAAUUUGCAGAAGACAAUAUAUAUAUAUAUAUAUAUAUAUACACACACACAUUUUUGCUUGGUUUGUUCAGUGCCGGAGAUUUUUGCCUUCCGGAUGAUGAAAAAAUAUGAUGCUUGUCUUGUCUUGUCCUGUCUUGUGGUAUUUUAUUUGAAGUU